AUGGCCGAUUCGCUGUGCGGACCCUCCAAUGCACUGCAGAACUUCCAGAAGCAUACAUCGGUUGACAGGACCCUCCAGCAAGACCGGCUAGUUUCUCGGCAGUCAUCUUCACAGGGAUUCCGAUCGCAAGGCCCGCGGGAUGGUAUCCUCGACCCGGAGUUUGCCGCAUUUGAAGCCAACCUCGGCGGUCCUUCCUUGUCGAAUCUACAGCACCCUGCAAAUUUCGGGGCACCAAUUCAGCUGCCAACCGCCCCUCAUCCGAACGCCAGCUGGGCAUCCGACUUUCAAAAUCUCCACAUCUCCGGGCCUGCGCCACCCCAACUACAACAGCACAUACAACGUCCAUCGGGCAUUCAAGCCCAAGGAGGGUGGCAAGAUGAAUUCUUUAAGCACCAGCAGAGCCAACAAGCCCCAGCGACACCGCAACUUUUACCGAACCAUCAAACUACAAACCAUGCAUACCAACCUGCAUUCGCCACAGGCUACCACCCUAUGUACAAUUCCUCCAUGAAUACUACAUAUCAGGCCCCCCCUGAAGCUCACGCGCAACAUGUUAUGCCAGUGGAGAAGUUUGAUGAGUCUGCCUUUGAGGCGGCAUUCGAUCAAGCCCGAGCUACACUGGAGCUACAAUCAGCCGAGGCCACACCGGCCCCUGAACAACACAUGCAGGACGCCUCCCCCAUCGACCCCUUCGAGACGGCUCAAGAAAACCUCCAAAUCGGAUCUGAUACUAUCCUUGAAUCUGAACAGCAAGAUCCGCAAACUCAAGCUCACGACGCCGAUGCUCUUGCCCAGGCAGCCGGACAGAUCAUUAAUAGUGUCAGUCAUGACCAAAGCGACAAGUUCCAACAGAGCAACUUCCUUGCCCUGAUGCGCCGAAUUCGGGACCGUGAGGUUGAGGUGAAAGGAGAGGAUUUCUGCGAAACAGCGCAGUCUCUUCAUCCUGGUGGCCGUUACUACCCCGGUCAAUCUCCUCCGCCGCAGGAUUCCGUCUUAGAAUCCGACAGCGCCAGUAAGGAGUCUCCCUUUCUUACCGACAGGGUUUAA